GUAGUCAGUCCCACUUCAGGAAGUAGCUGCAAAUUCCAGUACUUUAAAGAAACAUGGCGCUUUUAAAGAGUUUGCUUUUUACAGGCUACCGUUGUCGUGGUGUUUACCGGCAGAGUUUGAUUCAGUUCAGAUUGAAGAAUACUUCCUCGCCAAUCCAGAUCGCAGGAUUGGAUCACCUUGUUCUGACUGUGAAGAGCAUUGAAGAUACUGUGGCAUUCUACUCCCAAACAUUAGGCAUGGAAGUUACCACUUUCAAGGGCAACCGCAAAGCACUUUCCUUUGGGAAUCAGAAAUUCAAUCUGCACGAAGUUGGGAAAGAAUUUGAGCCAAAGGCACACAAGCCGACAGCAGGAUCCAUAGAUGUCUGUUUGAUCACAAAAACACCAGUCAAUAAAGUAAUUGAACAUCUUAAGACAUGUGGUGUUCACAUUGAAGAAGGUCCUAUUGAACGAACUGGUGCUGUGGGUCCUAUCACUUCAGUUUACUUCAGAGAUCCAGACAAUAAUUUGAUUGAAGUUUCCAAUUACCUUUCUGACCAAUAGUGAACACAGCAGCAAGUAGAAUCCAAAUCUAUAUGAAAAUGGAAAGUGCAAAGUUACAAGAUUGAUCUGUUAUUGUGCAUUUAAUAUAAUUGGUACUAUUCUGUUAAAACUACUACUGUAAGCAUCCAGUGAGAUAACACAGGCAUCAAAGCUCAGUGCAUCAACAUAAUGUACAGUUUGUACUUUUAGUUGGAUGAAAGUAGAUAACUUUGGAAGUCGGGUAAUCAGUAUUCGAGCAUUGUUAUAUUUUUCAGUACAAAGCAAAAAAUAUUAUCACAACUACUGAACAGAAAACUUAGCAUUGUUAAAUAUAUGCACAAUAACUAAAAAGUAUGAUACAUUGAAAAUUUACAUAGUAAUUAAGAAGUUUUUGCAAACUAUUUAAAAAGAAUGUGUGAUCUUACAAUAAAAUCACUAAAUGUA